CUCCCAGCUGCUGCUGUCGUGUCUUCUUUUUCAAUAUUCGUGGUUAAAAGAAAAAAAUACGGGAGAAUUAGUGAAAAAAUUAAUAAAGGGAAAACUUUUUGUAUAAAUUAAUUGCAAAUUUUCAUCAUUUAGUUGAAAAUUAAUAAUUCUAUUUUAAUAUUUAAUAAAUAUUAGCUUAGUAAGCAGCAAAAAGAACAGUCAACGCCGCUGCCGCACUUGUACAUUCGUUACCUACAAACAAAUCCAUCAAAUCUGCCUCCCUGCUCCCGUUUUCUUCUUUUUUUUGUUUUUGUAAAAUAAAAGCACACAAAAACCACAACAUACAAAAUGUUCAUCUGGGAUUGGUUCACCGGUGUUUUAGGAUACUUGGGUCUUUGGAAAAAAUCUGGUAAAUUAUUGUUCCUUGGUUUGGAUAAUGCUGGUAAAACAACAUUGUUGCACAUGCUCAAAGAUGAUAAAUUAGCCCAACAUGUACCAACUUUGCAUCCCACAUCGGAAGAAUUAUCUAUUGGCAAUAUGCGUUUCACUACAUUCGAUUUGGGCGGUCACACUCAAGCACGUCGUGUGUGGAAAGAUUAUUUCCCAGCUGUGGAUGCUAUCGUUUUCUUGAUAGAUGCCUGGGAUCGUGGUCGCUUCCAAGAAAGUAAAAAUGAAUUAGAUUCCCUUCUCACAGAUGAGGCCUUGUCAAAUUGUCCUGUACUGAUUUUGGGCAACAAAAUCGAUAAACCCGGUGCUGCCAGCGAAGAUGAACUUAGAAAUGUUUUUGGUCUCUAUCAAUUAACCACCGGCAAGGGUAAAGUAGCACGCUCAGAUUUGCCCGGUCGUCCCUUGGAAUUGUUCAUGUGCUCGGUACUGAAACGACAAGGUUAUGGCGAAGGUUUCCGUUGGUUAGCGCAGUAUAUUGAUUAAGUUGUGUAGUUUGGUUGUUUGAAAAUCGAAUUGUGGUGGCAAAACAACAACAACAAAAAACAUGAAUAUACAAAAAUUUCUAUUAAUUUUUACAUCAAUUAAGAAGCAUUAUACAAUAUUUGUAACUGCAGCAGCCAUUGUUUUCCCUCCUUCUCCUUCUCAUACAGACAACAACAACAGCAAACACACACACACACUCUUCAACACUCAAACCCAGAAGACAGACGUUACACACUAUUCAUUCACAAAAAAAUCAACAAAUAAACAAACAAACAACAGCAAAUUACAAACAAAAAAAAACCAUAAAGAUAAUAAUAAUAAUAAAUAAUAACAAUAAAAGAAAAAAAUUGAAAAAUA